AUGACAACUUCCUCCUCGAUCCUGCUUGCCUGCCGCCAGAUUGAGCUGUCGUUCUUCAAUAACGAGCACACGGUGGACUUGGCGCGCCACUUCCUGGCGCGCGGCGCCCUGCACGACUCCGCCUUCCUGCAGCGCAAGCUGCAGCAGCUACUGGGCAGCUACACCUUCCUGGAGGCCUACGAGCGCACCGGCCGCAUCCUCAACGUGUCGGUCUGCCCCGCAGACACCAAUGAGCCGCCGCGGCUGCUCAACUACCUCACAGCACCCCAGGCGCUGAUCUGGAGCGCCGUCGCCGCGAGCAGCGCCUUCCCCGGCCUCUUCCAGCCGCAGGACAUCCUGGCCCGCGACGCGCGCGGCGACCAGGUCCCCUUCAACUCGGUCGCCGCCGGCGCGGCCCCCGGCGCGGCCGGCGCGCCGGGCGGCGGGCUCGAGGGCGCGCGGCGGUGGCGGGACGGGAGCCUGGAGCUGGACCUGCCGACGGCGCUGCUUGGAGAGAUGUUCAACUGCAACCACUUCAUUGUGAGCCAGUGCAACCCCCACAUCGUGCCGCUGCUGGCGCUGAAGAGGCGGCUGGGGCGGAGGAUGGCCAACCUGCUGGAGCUGGAGCUGCGGCACAGGUGCCUCCAGGCGCAGUGGCUGCUGAGUGACGUCAUCCCCACCAAGUGGCUGACCCUCUUCACGCAGCCCUGGGAGGGUGACGUCACCAUCGUGCUGCCAAAUGCCCUCUACAGCAUCGGCAAGUCCAUCACUAACCCCACCUCCGCCGAGCUCAUGCGCGCCACCAAGCUGGGGGAGCGCCACGUGUGGGAGAAGCUCUCCGCCAUCGAGGCCAACUGCGCGGUGGAGGCAACCCUCGACGCCUGCCUGGCGCGGCUGACCAACAAGGCGCGCGAGCGGCCGCUGGGCGGGCUGGCGAAUCGGAUCCCGAGCUGGCUCUGCAUGAGCUCGCGGCCGGCGGCGGCGGCGGGCAGGGGGUCCCUGGGACGGGCGAGGCGAUGGCCGCCGCGGCGGCGGCGGCGAUGA